UGCUGAUUCCUUCCUCAAGCAGAGCUUGGCAGAUUUAUUACAGAUGAGAUGCGGACAAGCAGUGACUUGAAACAUGAUUGAGACAGCCGGCCUCACUGUAGUCACUUCCAUGAUUUUAGAGUUGUGCCAGACAAGCCUAGAGACUGGCAUGGACCUGUUUUUGUAGAAAUUUGGUAGAAUUAAUUGUAACUUAGAUUAUCUACUCUAGAUUUGGAAUUGGGAUUCCAAUUAUGAAAGCUUAUCUAUGGCAACUUAAACCCUAAAAAGAUGUAGUCAUCUACAUUUAAUUUACUACAUGAACUUUGACUUCCAUACUAAAUAAAGAGAUGGUGCUUCAAGAUUGUUUUCCUGGCUCAUACACAAGAAGUUCUUUACAAGUAGUGGAGUGCUUGCAGUUUCUUCUCUUCUUUGUGUUUUGCUGUCCACUAGAUGUACAUUGGUGGAAACUGCUGUCACUAAAAACACCUUACCUAUUGCACCCAAAGUAUAAUGCUUUUUGAGGUUGCUGCUCCCAUCAAUCUGCUCAGUAAAAAUAGCUCAUCUUGUAAUGGAGGAGAAAGUUCGAGUCGCAGCGCAGAGAAACGGGCAGCUAAUGAAGAAGCUGAAGACUUUACCACAAAGCCUGCUCCUGCCAAAAUGUCCAAGUUUGGAUUUUCCAUAGGCAGUCAGACAACAAAGAAGGCAUCUGCAAUAUCCAUCAAACUAGGAGCAAAUAAGCCUAAAGAGCCUGUUCCAACCCUUGCUCCAAAAACCCUUUCCGUAGCAGCAGCUUUCAAUGAAGAUGAAGAUAGUGAACCAGAAGAAAUGCCUCCGGAAGCUAAGAUGCGCAUGAAGAAUAUUGGAAGGGAUACACCAACCUCAGCAGGACCAAAUUCUUUCAACAAAGGAAAGCAUGGGUUUUCUGACAACCAGAAGCUAUGGGAACGAAAUAUAAAAUCUCAUCUUGGAAAUGUCCAUGACCAAGAAAAUAACUAAAUGAUGUGGAUUGAGAGUUGGGUGUUUGGGGGGAGGGGAGGGUGUAACGUUAAAGGAACAGUUUCCUUUUUUAAGAAUGGUAUAAGACUAUCUUUGGAGCCACUUUUUUAAGAGUUUGAGUGGUACACUAAUAAAUAAGUUUGAAAUUAGAGGUAAUUUAUGUUUUGUAUACAGAUUUCAAGGCAUUUGCUAAUUUUGUAGUUCCAUGAGAUUAGUUUCAAAAGGUUACAGAUAAUAAAGAAACUGGAGUGGUACCUUUUUAAGAUUUUAUUUUAUUUUAUUUUUCUGGUUUUGGUCAGUGAGUAGUUAAGGUGGAUGAAAAAGGUCACUGUCUCUUUAAUCAGGUUAACAUUGAAUGCUCUAGCAUUCUCACUUCUGGCUCCCUCUUCAUAACAGGAGAAGCAGUUGACUCUUUGCAAUACUUCUAAAGAGUCAGCAUUGUCUUGUGCUAGAAGUGUUACUGGACUAUUAAUUUGAAUAUAAACUUAUGCAGGAAGUAGUAAGAACCUGGAUUUUUUCCUCCCUGCAGUCACCUUUUGUUAUGUCUCUGCAAACUAGGAAUUACAUUGCUCUGAGUGGCUCUGGUAACUUAGCUCUAAUUUUAAGACUUCAUGUAGGAUGUGUAACCUUCUGUGGCCUGUUUCAUCCUCAGGAAAUGGGCCUUGUCUGUAUAUUAGAUACAGUCUGUAAAGAAUAUUCACUACAAAGGUAAAUCAGUAUUUUCAGUGUGCUCCUCUUAAAUCGUUAGCCUUGACUAGUGCUUGUUAGCAUUUCCUUGUGGUACACAAAAGCCACCACCAAAAAGACAAGCUAAUGUACAUUAAGCUUCACAUUUGGUUGAAAUAUUUUUCUUUACUAUGCCUAGAAGGAAUAAAAGCCACACCAAAAAUUGGUAACUCACUGCUUAAGUAUGAAAAAAUGAAAAGAUGCACUUUCCCUGUCUUGCCAUUUGAAAGAAAAUGCCUUGAUGCUGGUGACCACAGUGGAUGCUAUCAGGUUAGAGAAGAUUACUGUAUAUGCAGUCCUAAUGCUUCUAACGAGUCAACUUCAGAACUGAAACUCAACCUUUUCCUACCCACCUGCCUUUUGCAGCAGUUGUCAAGGAUGACAUCAGUUUGCUCAGUUUAAUUUCCUAGCUGUCAUACUGCAGAAUGGCGCUGUAGGAUUUCAAACCUAGUAACAACUGUCUAAAUUUCAGUCUAAUUUAGAUUGUAUAUUUUUAAAACAUUUUACAAGCAGAAGUAGUUAAACAGAAAGUUAUCAACAGCAAUAACACCACCUUCUCUCCAAACAAGCAUAAGGUUCUUUUUUAACUCAAAUACCUGAUAGUGUCAACUACUAAAUUAAUUCCAGCCUGGAACUGGUCAUGGAAUUCAAUAUGUUUAUUGCUUUCAUCUUCCCUCUAAAAACUUUCAUCAUGCUAAAGUUGAACCUGUGAGUGCAGAAGGGAAAGUGCACCUUGAAGUGUAUUUUUUUACUACUACUAUUAUUAUUAUUAUUUUAGGAAAGCUCUGACCACUUAGACUUUUGAGUUUGUAAGUUCUAAAAAAAAUUUUUUUUUUUUGUAUUUUUGUAUUGUACAUGUAAUCUUUUUUCUUUUGAAGUCUGAUGCAGUUGAAUACCUGUAACUAUUUUCUUUUAAAGCCUUGUUAUAAACGUAACAUAAAAAUGUAUACUUUUCCCCCCCCCCCCCCCAUAGCAGAAAUCUUUGGUUUAUUUAAAACAAAACCAAAACACGCUCUCAAAACUGACUUUCAGGACUUCCAAAACUGAUUUGGGCAUUACUGGAACUAGGCAAGGCAAAAUGAAGCAUUUACUUUUCACUUCUUUUCAUCACCUGUGGUUAUGUUUGUCGAAAUAAAUCCCUUUAAGAUAGUGGUAAUUCACAGUGAAUAACUAUUUUAUCUUGCUCCUUAGUAGUUACUUGAUGCUGUCUUGGUCACUUGUAUUAGGAAAAAGCAAAAUGGAACUUUGAGUAAGAGUAAGAGGAGGACUGAGACCUGUUCUUUCUUAGUUAACCUACUGCCACAGUCUUCCACAUCUUUGGCUGAAGUAGACGUUCCUGUUAACAUAAUUUCCUGGUACUUCAAAAUCCUUGAUGAAGUUGCUAGACAGAACAGCAGACACGCUAGGAACUGCCUUCCAUGCAAGUGAGAGAGCAAAAGUUAUGUUUAUCUUGCUUACUGCCAUGGUCAAUAAAUAAUCCUAGACCACC